UGAACUGAAGAGUUCCAUAACAAACUGUAACCGAUGGAAGUAUCGUUUGAAUCCCCACCAUUGUGACAUGUUAUGUUGCGAGAGCACAUAGGAAUGCAAGCAACAAACACCAGCACUGCGACAUCCCUGCAUACGCUUGAAACAUGCGCCUAAGGGUGACCGCCAUGUCGACGUGUACCCUGCAGUGCUCUCCCGUUGCAACCCACAUACACCCUCGGCUGGCGACUAUUCGCACGAAGAAACAAUCUCUUUCAGGAAACGGACGCUGAACAGAAAGUCUCGAAGCAGAAAUCUGGAUCAUACUGGAUCACUCUUGCACGUAGCAUUUGGGAUAUGAAUGAAGACCCAACCCUUUCACCUCGAGGUUCUAGCAGUGCUACUUCUAUCUGUGAUUCCAUGGCCUGGUCCCAGCGUCUUUAAAAUAUCAUGCCCCCGCGAUCGAGCGUCCGUAGUAAGGAGGAUAGUUCACAAAAGAUGGAUGCCAAUAUUGAAGAAGUAUCAGGUAGAAUUGCCAUUGGAAUGUCCAUUUCACGAGAGUCGAGAUAUCUUUCGACCGCAACAAAAGGCAAAGCAUCAGCACAGACCCUCGCAAUGGACCUGCGGCCUUUGCGGCAAAUCUUUCUAUGCCGAAAAACACUUGGAUGUCCAUUUCGAUAACAGACAUAAAAGCAACGUUAAUACGGCGGAAGAUGCGGUAUGCCUGGCGGACUAUUGCGAUAUCAUGCGCUGCGAUGUGCUGGGCAACCGCGACUUCGAGAAUUUGGUGGACGACGAUGGCAGCCACUUGAAUACCGAUAUCCAAGUGUGGCGCGAAAAUACCGAACAACAGCAAAAACAGCGUAGCGUUUCCAUCAUGCCAUGCGAAUCGCGUAGCCUUGCCAGGAUGUAUCCUGCGGGCAAGUCCUGCACCAUCGCUGGCGGCGGCGCGGUGACGAAUCUGCAACGUUACUGUCAUCGUGAUGACGGUGGCGAUAUGCACAAUCACAGAGUAGCGAGAUCGUCCUACCAUAACGAGAUCGUUGACUCGGAUAAUAAGAACAACGGUUGCGACGAAGAGGAAGACGAGGACGAGGACGACGAAGAGGAUGCGGAGGAUGAGGAAAAUUUGGUGGAGGCGUCACUACCUGCCGUUGAGAAGAAGCAGAAACGACGAGGACUGCAUCUGAGAAAAGUCAAAUCCCAUUGCAAGCCGGAAGAACUGCAAAAAUUGAAGACCCAAUGUGAAAUACUCGUGCGUGAUUGCAUUGCCGGGUUGCUUGCCAAUCUUUCUGUGCGGGAUUUCCAAGAGAUCGAAGGAGAGCUAAAUCGAGCGAUUUGCUGGUAUCUCAGUUGUGACAGAUACUGGGAGGACACGAAGAGGCCGCAACGUCAUACACCCUGGUAUCUGCUGACCAUUUUUAUGUUGAUCCUGUUCUCGUCCAUCUACGCGUGUUACUACAUCAUUUGGGUCUGCUUCAAUACCGCGGACGAAGACAAAUUGGACGGUACCGGAAGCAUGGAUUACAAUGGGAGUACAGAUCGCUCGAGUACUUCACCGUUACACGACCCUACUGUUCACGAAGGCAGAUUGGAAAGACGAAAGGGCGAUCACGGGGAAGAGAAUUUACCCUUGUCGAGCGAGGACAUGCCCGAUCAUUAUAUCUACGUCUCAUAUCCGCCCGAGUUAAAGCGGCGAUUAUUGGAGAGUGAUUCUUCUGCUUACAGCUGCUACAACAGGACCACUCGACUGUAAGUCGGUUUAGGAGGGAGGGAUAUACCGGAAAACACGACGGCAAGAUUUUAUCCCGACCCCUGCACAAAUAAAAGGCAUCCGAGGUUAAACUCCUCAUUUUCAUCUUUCUCGUUAUCUUCGUGUUUUGUAUACCGAAUGUGAAUAAACUGCAACGUGGAUACGACACAUCGGUCCCUUGCUCCAUUUCUCUUUUA